AUGCUGCGAAUUGAGUGUUCGGGAACGCCCUACGAGCACGGCACGCAGGCCAAGUCACGGGUGCACGGUACCUUGGCUUUCUAUCAGGCCUUUUUCCGCGAGACCGCCAAGCUGCCGUGGGACGCGGUCGAGACGAAGGCUGCCGAGUGGCUUCCGCUGCUGCGCGAGUCUUACCCGGAAAUUCUGGAGGAGCUUGAGGGUCUGGCGGCAGGCUCCGAGCUCUCGAAGGAGACGAUUCUUGCAUUGAACGUGCGUACCGAAGUGGCGUUCGGUCUCUAUACCGAUGGCUGCACCGCGUUUGCCAUUCAUGGACCGCGGAACGGCAUCCUGUCCCAGAACUGGGACUGGAAGGGAGCGCAGAAGGGAAACAUCGUCCAGAUGACGAUCCGCCGUGAGGGCAGACCGGAUCUCUCCAUUGUAACGGAGGCAGGUAUCAUCGGUAAGAUCGGGCUCUCGGCCGGCGUCGGCACGACUCUCAAUGCUAUCGCGGCGCUCGGCGUCGACUCCACCCGCAUUCCGGUCCACAUCGCGCUCAGGAAGGUCCUCGACUGGGCGGGCGAGGAGGCUGUGAAGCACGCCGGGACAGCGGACGGACAUGCAAACGGAAGUGUGCACGGGUACGCGAACGGAACGACGAACGGCCAUGCCAACGGCGACGCAAAAGGGAAGACAAAUGGACACGCCAACGGCGGAUCCAAGCUCCUCGCUCCCCCUGGUACGGCCGAGCUCCUCGCCUCGCGCCUGGAGAAGCUCGGCGUCGCCUCCGCCGGCCAUAUCAUCAUCUCGGACGGCUCGCAGGCGAUUGGUCUCGAGACGUCAUAUAUUGAUACCGCCCGCGUGCGCCACAUCGAUGUGGGUGAGUGGGACGCCAUCGUCCACUCGAACCACUACAUCGAAGAGCAUCCUGGUGUCAGGCUCGGUACGAACCAGAUGCCCGGCUCGCCGGCGCGCUUAGCCCGGAUCUCCAAGCUUGUCACGCAGAGUCUGGGCGGGUUGAAGGAUGAUGAGAAUGUCCUUGACACUGUGUGGACUUGGCUUAAGGACACGGAGGGGUUCCCUGGGUCUAUCUGCCGCGAUGGCGCUGCUGGAAGUGAGACCAUCUUCAGUAUCAUCAUGGACCUGCGCAACAAUGUUGCGAAGGUGAAGGAGGGCAAGCCAAUUAAUGACGGAGAAGAGUUCACGCUCCGCCCGAAUUAA